GAUAACGUUUAGUGAGAAGAGAAAAGCAAAAGAGGACCGACUAUGUUUGAGAGAGUUGACUCAUAAAUCAAUAAUCAAAUUUCCAAUGCAUGGAGAUUGGAUUGGAUUGGAGGUUAACCUUAACCACCUGAACUGAACCAAUCCCAGUCCCAAUUAAUUUUUCAACAUCAAUCCUCCCUUCACCGCCAAACCCAACCAUGUCAACCACCAUUGACAAAACCUCGCCGGAGCAUCAAUCGUCGCCGGACCCUAACAAACCACAAAUCCGCAAAGCUUUCAACUUUCUUAAGGCCCACGCCUCCGCUGUUGCCAGUUUCACCCUCCAAUGGCAAGACCUCGAGGAUCAUCUCCAAUCCAUAAACAACUCAAUCCAAUCCAAAUUUGACGAAUUUCAACAAUUGCAAAACCCCCAAAAUACCCAAUUGCCCAAAGUCGAGGAAUUCCAACCUAGUUCACUCAAAGAACAUUUGAACUCAACCCUUCAACCCCUAAUUGAUUCCAAAAAAACCAAGUUGAAUGCUCCGAAAAAACAAGUCAAAUCCGAUCAAUCGACGCCUGCGAAAGUGGAUGGCAAUGCGAUUCCGGUGAGUGAUGGGAAAUCGUUGAUGGUUUAUCUGAAGAAGAAUUUGAAAGAGCAUGAAUCGAUACGUGAUGAUGUUAGACACGCGCUCAAGGGUUUAAAAGAUUCUGGGAAACUAGUUUUGGAUGCCAUUAAAGGGUUUUAUCCACCGGGAAUGAAAACGGGAGUUGUUGAUCCUGAGCUCAGUGCUAUGAGGAGAAGUAGUGUGCUUUUGUUGGAGGAGUUGAUAAAUGUUAGACCUUUGAUAAAUAGUCCAGUUAAAGAAGAGGCUUCCAAACUUUCCACUCUUUGGAAGACGAAAAUGAAUCUUGAAAUGGUGAAUUCUAUGGAGAUUUGGGGGUUUCUGCUGCUUUUGAAUGCCUAUGGGUUGGCUGGGGAGUAUAAUAAGGAUGAGAUUUUGAAUCUUGUUGGCACUGUUGUGCAGCGUAAGCAGGCUCCUGAGAUGUUUCGAUCUCUUGGUUUCUCUGAUAAGGCCUCUGAUUUUAUCCAAAAUCUCAUUUCUCAAGAUAAGAUGAUUGAGGCUGUGAGAUUCAUUUAUACAUUUGAAUUGGUUGACAAGUUCCCACCAGUUCCCCUUCUUAAGGCCCAUUUGCAAGAGGCCAAGAAGGUUGCUAACUCUAUUUUGGGAAACAGUCAUAACUCUCUCAAACUGAAGGAUGAUGCCGCAAAUAAAGAAAUAGCUGCAAUGAGAAGUGUAAUAAGAUGCAUUGAAGAUUAUAAGCUAGAAUCCGAAUUAUCUCCUGAAAAUCUUAAAGAACAAAUUGAGAGUCUGCGAAAGCUAAAGAGAGAGAGAGCACCACCAACACAUUCUGCUCUUGCUGCCAAAGCUCAGCAGCAGCAGCAGCAGCAGCAGCAGCAGCAGCAGCAGCAGCAGAGCGGACAGAAACGCAAUUUCCAUGAUUCUAAAACCCAAAUGAAAAGGCAGGAGAACAGAAAAAAGCAUCCACGAUCAGUUCCUGCUACUGGUGCUCUAAGCUAUCCUGCUAGAGCACCAACCAUAGUUCAGUUGCAUCACCAUUCAGCUGGCUUGUAUGAAGGUGAAAGAGCAGAUUACUUGAUACAAUCGGACAGAAUGGCUGUAGCAUCUAAUGUCUCUGCUAGAGCAGCUGCAGUCCAAGCAAUGCAUCACAGCGCAGAAGGCUUGUUUGAGGGGGAAGGCUCAGAAUACUAUUUACCAGCUAGAAUGCCUUCAUCAGGGGCUGCUGCUCCUGCUGCAAAUCCAUCUUUUGGUGCUGCUUCAAACAUUUACUCCGCUGAAGCAUCUCGCUAUCAGGCAGGAGCUUCAUACACGGGCCAGGGGACUGAAUACUCUUCCCGGUAUUACAAUUUGGCCCGUUCCAUCCUUGAUUUACAUACAAACAUACCAUCUGGAUCCCAUGGUUUGACGAACUCACCCCCUGUGACCCAGCAGCAGACAAACUUGGCUGGUGGAGCCUAUAGUUUGAUGAGUUCUAACCCUGAGACUCAUCAUAUGAGCUCUGCUCAUUAUGGAUUAGCAGGCUCUGGAGCUAGUUCUGCACAUAUGAACUUGCCGGCAGACAUUUAUGGAAUUAGUGUAGGCGCAAGUGGGAGGAGGACUGAGCAGUUCGGAUCUACAGGAGCAGUUCAAGUAACUGCUGGCAUCACUUCCAAUGUAAGCCCACAUAGUUCUCUGGCUUAUUACCCUGGGGAUCCUCCUCUACGGGCAGUUACUUACAAUGACAGGCCAGCAUCUUCCAACAGUGGUUAUGAAAUACAGUCUAAUCGGCCAUAUGUGUUUCACCUUUAGCUCUAGUCUCAACUGAUAUUCAUAAUUUAGUAGAAGUUUUUUUUUUUCCUUACAACACUGGUGAGUGGUGAUGCUACACCUAUUAGAGAUUUUUCUGUAAUUACUGCCCGGUGAUGUUCUGUGGAGACUCCUGGCAAAUGUUUUUGGAUACUCCAUUGGUGUUAGAUACUUGUAGUAUUUUGAUGCUGCGUAAGUGCUGCUUGCUGUGAAUUUUGUAGAUGAGCAUGUUUGAUUUCAUGAUUAUUUAAUUUAUUUUCACAA